AUGGCUGAACUCUCCCCACAACAAGUGCAAUCACUCUUUGAGAAUAUUGUCAAGGGUCUUGAAGCUGAACAAUCAUCAUGGAAAUCAUUAGAAGAAGUCGAACAAGAAAAGAAGGCUGAUGAAGUGGUGAACAAUGCUGUUAGUCAGUCUGGACUCAAGAUGGAUGAAGCUGAAGUCGUGAACCAGGGUUUGCGUGUCGGUGAAUUCAAUGAAGUUGUUGCUGGACUUGUUAAGAAGUACAGUGAAGUUAAACCACAAACUAAAUCAGCAAAGAAGAAGCUCGAUAAGAGAAUUUCGUCAAUGGAAAAGAAAUUGCAAAAGAAGAAGACCCAAAAGGAAUCCGACUCGUCUUCUUCAAUUGACGAAGAAACACUCGAUCCAAGCAAGUAUUAUGAAAUCAGAAAGAAGGCUAUUGCUGAAUUGGAGAAGGAAGGAUUUGAUGCUUUCCCACACAAAUUCCAAGUUGACACCACUGUUCCUGAAUUCAUCAAAAAUUACAGCAGUUUGGCUGCCGAAGAACGUAAACCAGAAGCCAAAGUGGCUUUGGCUGGUAGAAUUCUCACAAGUAGACCAACUGGUAAAUUAGUCUUUUACACCAUUAGAGGAGAGGGAGAGGAUCUUCAAGUCAUGAGUGGUAUCAGCGACUAUGCUGAAGGUGACGAAGCAUUCAAAAAGAUUCACUCAAUUCUCCGUCGUGGUGAUGUCAUCGGUAUCAAUGGAUUCCCAGGAAAGAGUAAGAAGGGUGAAUUGAGUAUUAUCCCAACCAAGAUUACUUUGCUGACACCUUGCUUCCACAUGUUACCAAAGGAACACUAUGGUUUGACAAACAUGGAUACAAGAUAUAGACAACGUUAUUUGGACUUGAUCAUGAACAAGAAGUCAAGAGAUAUUUUUGUUACUCGUAGCAAAAUUAUUGCUCACUUGAGAACUUUCUUGAAUGAAAGAGGUUUCCUUGAAGUUGAAACACCAAUGAUGAACAUGAUUCCUGGUGGUGCCAAUGCUAGACCAUUCACAACUUAUCACAACGAUUUGAAUAUGCUUCUUUAUAUGCGUAUAUCACCAGAAUUAUAUUUGAAGCAAUUGGUAGUCGGUGGUUUAGAGAGAGUUUAUGAAAUUGGUAAAAACUUCAGAAAUGAAGGUAUCGAUUUGACUCACAACCCAGAAUUUACUGCAUGUGAAUUCUAUAUGGCUUAUGCUGACUACAAUGAUUUGAUGCAUAUUACUGAGGAAUUGUUGAGUGAAAUGGCUCUUGUCGCCAACGGAAAGGAUCCAAAGAAUUUGCCAGAAGUCGUUCCAGAUGAAUGGUAUAUGAGACCUUUCACUUUCAGAGAUGGAAAGGAUGUUAUGGUCAACUUCAAGCCUCCUUAUAGAAGACUUCCAAUGAUUUCAAGUAUUGAAGAACAUCUCAAUGUUAAGAUCCCAACUGACUUGGAAUCAGAGGAAACUCGUCUCUUCCUUGUUGACCUUCUCAAGAAGCAUAAUGUGGAAUGCCCUCCACCAAUGACUACUGCAAGAAUGUUGGAUAAAUUGGUUGGUGAAUUCCUUGAACCACAAUGCAUUAAUCCAACUUUCAUCACUGAACAUCCACAAAUCAUGUCACCACUUGCCAAGUGGCACAGAAAUAACAAGGUUUUGACUGAACGAUUUGAACUGAUGAUCAUUGGAAAGGAAGUUUGUAAUGCAUAUACUGAAUUGAAUCAACCUUUCAUUCAACGUGAACGAUUUGAAGAUCAAGUUAAGCAAAAGGAUGCUGGUGACAGCGAAGCUCAAUUUAUGGAUGAAUCUUUCUGUACUGCUUUGGAAUAUGGUCUUCCACCAACUGGAGGUUGGGGUAUUGGUUUGGAUCGUUUGACCAUGAUUCUUUCUAACAACUAUAACAUUAAGGAAGUCAUUCUUUUCCCAGCUCAAAAGCCUGAGACGAAUGAAGCUCAAGAAACAGCCCAAGAAAAUCAACAAUAA